AUAACCAAGAAUCAAGCCAAUCUUACCACAAAGUACACAACCCAAGAUGCUUAUUCAAUCAUUGCUCUCAUCACUUCUACUUCUAAUGUUAUGUCUAUCUAGUAGUACUGCCAAUGUAGUUGCAACGUAUCACCGUAGCAUAACAAAAACUGUUACAACCACUAACAUCAACGUGUGGCCAAAACCAAGAAACCUCACAUGGGGCCCACCUCAUCAAUCCACCCUCCUCCACCCUUCAUUCACCAUCACCACUACCGUCAACCACCACACCAACAACCACCUCUCCGCCGCAAUCAACCGUUACAUCAACCUCAUCAAAACCGAACACCACCGUCCGCUUGUCCCCAUAGUCACAAACCUCACCAAAAACCUCCCUCCGCUUUCCACCCUCACCAUCACCAUAACCAACCCCUCCGCCCCACUCCACCACGGCGUCGACGAGUCCUACACGCUCUCAAUUCCUUGGAAUGCCUCCACGGCAACGCUCUCAGCUCCCACAACAUGGGGAGCCAUGAGAGGCCUGGAGACAUUCUCACAGCUGGCAUGGGGCACUCCCACACGUGUUCCUGUUGGGGUUCACGUAUGGGAUGCCCCACUAUUCGCUCAUCGCGGUGUCAUGCUUGACACCGCAAGGAACUACUAUCCAGUGAGAGAUAUCAUGAGGACAAUUGAGGCCCUGAGCAUGAACAAAGUGAAUGUGUUCCAUUGGCAUAUAACUGACUCCCAAUCUUUCCCUCUUGUUGUGCCAUCUGAGCCUGGGUUGGCUGAUAAGGGUGCUUAUGAUAGUGACAUGGUGUAUUCGCCUGAUGAUGUUAGAAACAUUGUGGAGUUUGGGCUUGACCAUGGAGUUCGUGUUCUUCCUGAGAUUGAUUCACCUGGGCAUACAGGAUCUUGGGCUUUAGCAUACCCUGAAAUUGUAACAUGUGCUAACAUGUUCUGGUUCUCCCCGGGUUCCCAGAUUCUGGCUGCAGAGCCAGGGACAGGGCAUUUGAACCCUUUAAACCCAAAGACAUACCAAGUUAUGAAGAAUGUAAUCCAUGACGUGACCACAUUGUUCCCGGAACCUUUUUACCAUGCCGGCGCCGAUGAGGUAGUGCCAGGUUGUUGGAAAACCGAUCCAACCAUUCAGAACUACCUAUCAAACGGUGGAACUCUUAACCAAAUUCUUGAAACAUUUGUCAACAACACUCUCCCUUUCAUUAUGUCUCUCAACCGGACCGUCAUUUAUUGGGAAGACGUUCUUCUGAGUGAUUCAGUCCAUGUUUCUUCAACUAUUCUCCCUAAGGAGAAUGUAAUUUUGCAGACAUGGAACAACGGACACAAAAACACCAAGAGGAUAGUUUCGUCUGGAUACAGAGCCAUCGUGUCGUCAGCAGACUUCUAUUACUUGGAUUGUGGUCAUGGUGACUUUGUUGGGAACAACAGUGCCUAUGACAACCAAACUGGAAGCGAUGCGAAUAAUGGUGGAUCCUGGUGUGGACCAUUUAAGACAUGGCAAACAAUAUACAACUAUGAUAUAACAUAUGGGUUGCUUGAAGAAGAAGCAAAGUUGGUUUUGGGUGGGGAAGUGGCAUUGUGGUCAGAACAAGCUGAUGGUACGGUUGUGGAUUCCAGAAUUUGGCCCAGAGCUUCUGCAAUGGCUGAGACUUUGUGGUCCGGUAACCGCGACGAAAACGGUAUGAAGAGGUAUGCUGAGGCCACGGAUAGGCUCAAUGAAUGGAGAAGCAGAAUGGUAAGUAGAGGCAUUGGUGCUGAGCCAAUUCAACCACUUUGGUGUGUUAGGAACCCUGGCAUGUGCAACACACUUCAACCAUUGUAGGUGUGCAUUUUCUUCUGUUGUUGUGAACCCAACCUCCCAAUAUUAAACCAUGAAAUUAGCCCCCUCAAAAGCUCAUAUUGAUGACAAUUUGGCUCUUAAACAAUAUGUACUUAUGAUCCGCAAAAUGUCUUUUGACAAAAUCAUUAAUGAUUUGCGAAAUGAAAAAUAUUUUUGAUGGUUACAA